AUGGCUAAUGGACACGUCACUGGUCACUGGAUGAACAUCCUAAGAACAUCAGAAUGGCAUGGCAACAGACACAAAGUCAAGUAUGAAUGGACUCCCAAGUAUGCCGCUUCAUUUUACAAAAUCCCACCUUGCUCAUGGGACAUACCAUAUAGGUCUCUGAUGGGUGGUGGGAUGUUGUUCCAACAUUGGGUAGCAGCAUACUUGAAACAGCUCCUAACCGCGGCUGUUCUGUGCUUAGCUGUUAACAAGGGCCUGAGAAUCACCAGCACAACGACCGCUUUCAACCUGCGUCUGGACACUCUACAACAAAGAAUGGAUAACCUGGAGCAGCGUUGCGGCAGGGAAGACUCAUCGCGAAUAUCUCAACUCGAAACUGCCAUCGAGAAGUUAAAACUAGAAGUUAACGAGCGCGAUCAGGAGCUUUGGAUAAUGAUAUCGAAAUUU